GGAGGGGGCUUGUGCGUAUAAAGAGAGGAGGUUUAGCCCCAAUGCAAAAAUACAACACAUGGACCCAUUCGCUAUACAGCAGCUACAAAAUAUCAAACUAGUCAACUAAAAGUUAACAAGUCUUGGUAUCAUUAUGUCAUCCAUACAUUCAUUGGAGAAAACUAUUUUGGUCAUUGUGCUGUGGGGCCUUUGCAGUUUGCUGUAUCUGGAGGCUUUACCAGUCAGCAAGAGGUCGAUCAGUGAAGUUCAGCUCAUGCACAACGUUCGUGAGCACAAGCAGGUGCUAAACAGACAAGACUGGCUUCAGCUGAAACUCAACAAUAUCCUCACACCUUCAUCAAAUGACUCCCAAAAGGAGCAAAGAGGAAAAAAUGAUGUUUCAUCCAGUAAGCGUUUAAAAAAAGGGGAACGUGCAACAUGGAUCUUGAACUGACAAAACUGACCCCUUUGAAAAACUGAUUAAGUAAAUAAUGAAAAGUGUUCAACGAGAAUGCAGGAAGAGGACACAGUAAGUGUCUAUUAAAAGAAGUGCUGUUUUGCAGAGCAUUUUUUUAUUUUAACAUAUAUUUAUUUAUUUAAAUAUUAAAAUAUAGAAUGUUCAAAUCAUGUGUAGGGAAUACUGUACACAUGUCUUAAACUUGUAGUUGCCUUGUCACUGUUCUCUUUUCUGUGUAAGAGGAAUUUUAAAAUGUAUUUUCACAAGUUUAUUUUCAGAAACUUUUUUUAAAUGUAUUUUUUAAAUAACUUUUUGGACAACCAACGAUUGCACUAAAAUGUGGACCAACCUGUUUCACAGUGUUUAGAAAAGUACGUGUUAAUCUUUCUUUCUUUCUUCCUUUAUUUCUUUCUUUCUUUCUUUCUUUUUUCUUUCUUACUUUAUAUCUUUCAUUAACUUCUCGUAUUUUUAUAUUCAUAUUUUAUUCUCAAUCAUUGCUAAACGCGUCGGCUUAAUGUGACGCCGCAAUUCUCGCGAUACUUCGACCGGGACGCGAAAGUCUCGUUUCCUGUCAGCACUGUGGCAGUUAGUAGUCAAAUUCGGUUUUUCAAAAAAAGCUGAGGUGUUUUCUUCAGCUUCUCGAGUCUCGUUUUUCGUUUUCCUCUCGGGUCAGUACACAUAACUACUUAUUCUACAAACUAUGCUUACCACGACACUGUAAAAAGGUAAGAAUUUGGUCAAGUUAAAUUUAAACGUUUGUUGUUUUGUUGUUUAGCUUCGGUGGCUAGCUACCAUUUCUGUGUCGCUCGCUGAUGUUUGUGUGUUUACUUCACACACCAGAUACCCAGAUAAACAUUUAAUUACAAGUUCCUUUUUAAUUACAACAUUAAUAAUUCAUAUGUGAGGCGUGCAGAAUUGUAUUUCUCUCUUUCUUUGUUGUCUUGCAUCGAGUCUGGCAGGAUCACACACACCAACAGUCAUUGAUGUCAAACCCUAUCACUGUUUAUCAGAUCAAGUGAGGUUUUUUGUACCGAUGCAUUUUAAAUUUUAGCUUUAUGAAACCUUAUAAUUUUAUAAUAGCAUUACUACAAUGCAAUGUAAUUGCAGUGACAGUAAUAAACCAACCAAGUGACGCAUGUAAAGCACAUUUUACUAGUAAAUAAAUAUGUACGGGCUAAAUUAUAAGUAAUAAAGGAUUCAUUUGUA